UUUCCAGCUUUGAAGGAGGGUGUGUCUCUCCGAGAAAUAGCUGUCCGUUUGUUACUUGGCCGAGUUUUUUCUUCCCCCAACCUCCUCGUGCUGAGUGUUUUCCACCGCCCGUCUCUUCUUCAAACUUCGGUUGGUUCGGGUUACACUGGAGAGGAGGUGAGAGGGCUUCUACAAGUUUCAGGUUUCUUCUGCUUUUGUCUUAAAGACGAGUUGUAGACCUGCAGCGGAAUCAAUCUCAGACUUUUGAGUUUCAUCCGCCAUGGGGGACGUAAUUUCCAGUCACCUGGAUGAAGCCAAGCGGGAGAUUAUCACAGCUCAGACUGCGGAGGUUAUGGGGGAGUUUGGCCGGCUGUAUGAGCAGCAGUAUGCAGUGGCUCUUUUCAACAAAGUUCGCCUUGACAUAGAAGGAGGAGGUGGCCCACAACCCCAGCUACUACACCGCAAGAUUCCUCUGGAAAACAAGUCCAUCUUCUCCGGCUCACUCUUUCAGUACGUGGAGGAAAACAAGAAAUGGAGGAACCGCUUCCUCUUUGUCCCAGACUCCUACAACAUCAACUACUAUGAAAACAAAGUGUCCCAUGACAGACGCCUCCGUCCCAAAGGAACCAUCAACUGUGCUGGCUACAAAGUGCUGACAUCUAUAGAGCAAUACCUGGAUCUGAUCAGCAACAGCCUGCCUGAUGUGAAAGCCAAGGUGGGAAGUUCACCCUUCCUAAAGUUUGCUACCCAGUUCCCUCUGAUCCUCUGGCACCCUUACGCCCGUCACUAUUACUUCUGUGUGGUGACAGAAAAAGAGCAACUGAAAUGGCAUGCUGUCCUUCAAGACUGUGUCAGACAUGCCAAUGAUGGUUUGUCAGAAGAGAAUAAAGUCCAAACACCGGCCUUCACUGAUUCAGUACGACACUACCGCCAAGCUCAAGGGCACUAUGGCACCUGGGAAAUGAUGUGUGGUGUACCAUCACAGAUCCUGGCAAACCUGGUGAUGGAGGACCUCCUGUCUGAGCUGAGGGAGCUCAUCUCUCCCUGCUUGAAAGGCAAACUGCAUGAGAGGCAGAAGACCUGGAUACUGAUUAGUGAUGCAGUAUACAGCCUGGUGCAGGAGCAGUGCCAGACCCAGUAUGAGACAGUGUUGCAGAAGUGUGAGGCAGCCCGCUCCUCUCUGGAGGCCUCCAUUCGAACAGACAUGGACCAGAUCAUCACAUCCAAGGAGCACGUCACCAACAAGAUCAAAGCGGUGGUUCUCCCCAAAGCAGAGAAGCUGUUGAAGGUGAGCAUCCAGCCCUACAUCAGCUCCAUCCUGGAUGCCCUGAUGGAGUCGACCAGCCAAGGUUUCUCUGAGGUCCGUGAUCUGUUCUUCAGAGAGCUGGUGGACAUGAGCAAGAACACCCUCAAUGAGGGCACCAAGGAGACUGUGGCACAGCACAUGGAGAAGAUCUCUAUGCUGGCCUUCCAUCCGGUGAAGAUGCACAGUUGCUAUGAAAAAGUGGAACACCUGAGUCUGGAGGGUCUGCAGCAGAGGUUUGAUGUUUCCAGCCCCUCAGUGUUUGUCCAGAGGGCACAGAUCCUCAUGCGAGAGCAAAUGGAUAAUGCAGUGUAUACAUUUGAGCAGAUCCUCCACCAGAGUCUGGAGUCUCAGGGUACAGAGGAGCUCUGUAAGACCAUCCAGCGCUGUCAGGACAGAGUCAUUAAGAAAUUUGACUAUGACAGCAGCACAGUGAGGAAGCGUUUCUUCCGCGAGGCUCUCCUCCAGAUCUUCAUUCCCUACAUGCUGAAGCAGCUCAGCCCUUCCUGUGCGUCGGAGCUGCCGCGCUUCCAAGAGCUGAUCUUUGAGGAUUUUUCCAGUUUCAUCCUGGUGGAGAACAUUUUUGAGGAGGUCGUGCUGCACUCUGUCAUGAAGGAUAUCAUGAUGGCUGUGAAGGAGGCAGCGGUCCAAAGGAGACACAACCUGUACAGGGACAGCAUUGUCCUCAGCAACAGUGACCCCAGCCUGCAUCUACUGGGAGAACACCCCUCUAUCGACUGGGCCAGGGAGCAUGGAGGAGCCCAGGAGAAGGUGGAUGGAGCAGGGGAGGAUGUGGAGGGUGAUUGUGAAAGUGAAGAUGGGGAGUCCCAGAAGAAGAGGAGGGUGAAGCAGGUUGUGUCCAUGAUCCAGGUGGAAGAUUUCCCAGUCCUGCCCAAUGAGUCGUGCAUAGAGGUGCCCGGCAAUGGUGACAUCCCAGAGACAGAUAAGGAGGAGGGGGAGAAAGAUGGAGAUGGAGAGAACUCAGAUGCCACGGCUUCUCUUGACCAGAAAGGAUUUGCAGGUUUGUCAGAUGGUUCUGUCUUGAAGGAAGAGGAAGCCAAAGCAGAGGAGCAAGUUAAAGAAAUCCCACUGGAGGUUGAAUCUGCUACAGAAAAUGCUUCAGCCUUAGAGGAAAAGGAUAAGGGAGAGGACAGCCAGUCGGUGCUCGAAGAACAACAACCACCACCCUCCAGCCAGGAGGGGUCAGAGAAGGUGUUGCUGCCAGUGCCUCCUCCAAAGGAAAUGCCCUCUGGAGCUACAGAAAUGGCUCCAGAGAGCCCUGCAGAGGUAACAGCUGACAGCUUCCCACCCCCUCCACAUGAUGACAGCGGUUUCCAGUCUCCCACCAGUGAAGUGGCAGAGGCAGAGGAGGAGAUGCAGGUGGCCCCACUGCCUGCAGAGGAGCACAUUGAAGUGAAGGAGACAAGUACUGCUGUUGCACCAGAAGCUGAGGCCAAAACUAUUGACUCUGGGACCAGAGAGACCAGUGAUUAAAUUAUUUUAAUUAUUGCAUUUUUUUUUUUUUUUACUAAAAUGAAUCCUGUCCUGUCUUUUGUUUCUUUUCUGACAAACAUUAAGAGGCACUUCAUGCUACCACAUGAGUUUCAGACAUGUAAUCACUCAGCAGAUUAUUUUCACUGAGCAGGGCUCAGGUGUUGUUGUCAUUUUUAAAAUAUUGUUUGUGUGUGUGUAUAAUUUUCACAAGCUUUGGGUCUGACAGAAAAUCCUCAGCAAAGUGUCAGUCCUCUUAAGUUCCACACUCAAAUUCCACUUUGUUUUCUCUUCACCUGGUUUAAAUGUGAGCACAGAGGAUGACAUCAAGUCCCUAAUUGUUAUAAAUGUGACAUGCAGCCAGAACACCUGAGCUGAGGUGCUUUUAGUGAAUUACAUGUAAACGGAUAUAGUUCAUAAGUCUGUCUUGUUGGACUACUGCGGGCCUUCAAUAACAUUAAGUACGUUGAUGUAAGUGCAGUCUGUACUGUUGGAUACACACUAAGGUGAUAAGCAUCUUCAAACAUCUUAUUAGACCUAUUUAGCUUAAAGAAAAUACUUUCCAGAAUUUGGAAAAGGUGUUUUUUUUUUCUUCCUUCAGACUUCACAAUCACAAUUGAUUCCGUGUCUCGAUAAACACACUGACAUCUAAAGACUUGGCAUUUUUUAUUGUGUUGGUGGGAGUAACACUAUUUUAUGAAUUUGUCCCUUAACAGAGAUAGCUCAUGUAUAUAUAUGCAUCUAUGAACGAAUGAACUACCAGUCAUUUUACAUAAUUUUAUAUGAUUUCAUCAGUGCCUUCAUUGAUCUCUUCAACCCCUAUUUUAUUUAUUAUUUUGCACCUCCUCUCUUUUUUGACCAAUUUACUUUUAGAUUGAUUUUACUCUUGUUUACAGAUGACUGUUAUUAAUAAUAAAUCAUUAUGUAUUAAA